CCAGAAGCGGCCUUCCCUUCCUCGCCCUUCCCUCAUCAAAAUGUCCGCAGCUCAGUCGCUCGUCAACUCUGUGGUGCUCGGCACUCGGCUGGGUGACUGGAACAUCGCCACUCUCUCUGCUGUUGUCGGCGGGCUGUAUCUGGCCCGUCUGGCCUUCAGCUUCCUCCAGGUCAUCUACGACUCGUAUCUGGCCAUCGGCUCCAACAUCCAUGCCUGGGGCGGCGGCAAGGGCGGCUGGGUUGUCGUCACCGGUGCAUCCGACGGCAUCGGCAAGGAAUUCGCCCUCCAACUCGCCAAGGCCAAGUACAACGUCUUCCUGCUGGCCCGUAGCCAGGACAAGCUCGAGGCCGUCGCCGAGGAAGCCCGCAAGUCCGGUGUCCAGGCGAUCGCCUAUCCCUUUGACUUUUCGACGGCCAUCCGCCCAGACUAUGUCGGCCUGGCAACCCGUCUCGAGAGCCUGCCCGUCGGCAUCCUCAUCAACAAUGUCGCCAUGAACCACGAGGGCCCCACUCCCUUCCUGGACGAGAGCGACGAGCUUAUCCAGAACAUUGUCAACGUCAACAUCCUCGCCCAGCUCAAGAUCACCAAGAUUGUGCUCCCCCAGAUGGUGACCCGCAAGAAGGGCCUCAUCCUGAACGUGGGCUCGGUCAGCGGACAGGUGCCCUCGGCCUACAUUGCCGACUACAGCGGCUCCAAGGCCUUUGUGCGCUCGUGGUCGCAGGCUCUGGCUAUGGAGCUCAAGAACACUGGCAUCCACGUCGAGCACCUCAACGCCUAUUUCGUCGUCUCGAACAUGUCCAAGAUCCGCAAGCCCUCUUGGACGACGCCCCUGGCCCGGGACUGGGUGCGAUCGGUCCUGGCCGGCGUCGGCACGUCUAUCAACCGCACCCCAUAUCCCUCCCACGCCUUGAUCUCGUGGGCCCUCACCACCUUUUUCUCGGAGCAGGCCGCCAUCUCCCAGAGUGCCAAGAUCCAUCUGUCGAUCCGAAAGCGCUAUCUCAAGAAGCAGCAGCGUCUUGCCAGCGAGGCCAAGCGCAGCGAGUGAGAGCCCUUCUCGGCCGUGCUCUCGGUAGGGGGAAUACGCACCACGUCUCGCAUGCAACUCGACUUUGCCAAUACAUUCGCUCGUGGAUCCGAGCCGGCCUUAUAUCUUGAUGUCUACACGACC